UCUUUGCAUGCUUUUGCGGGCAAAAGUGAAUUGCAUGCCUUGCCUACAUGAUGGAAUCUUUCUUUUCCUUUUUUUUGGGCUUUGUUUUCUCUUCUGCAGGAACUUGUUUGCGAGCUCUUCAAACGGCAAUACCUCUGGGAUGGUCCGGUGUUUGAGAGGUCUUCGCUGUCAAAGAACUAAUUUUGGUCUCCAUAUCAAUUGCGGUGGAAGAGCAGUGACUAUUAAUGGAAACACCACGUUCCUAGAUGAUAUAGAUGGAGGUGGACCUUCAAGAUUUAUUGAGAAAAGUAGCUGGGGACUUAGCAACACAGGAACCUUCCUGGAUGAUGAUCGUCCAUCAGACACAAAUAUUUGGCCAAAUUCCAGUGUACUUUCUGUCAAAGAUCCACAGUUAUACAUGCAAGCACGCCUUUCUGCCAUCACUCUGACUUACUACGGAUUUUGUAUGGGAAACGGAAACUACACAGUAAAUCUCCACUUUGCUGAGAUUAUGUUUACUGUUGAUGAAAAAUUUAGUAGCCUGGGAAGGCGUGUAUUCGACAUUUACAUUCAGGGCAAGCUUGUGCAGAAAGAUUUCAAUAUUGCAGAUGAAGCUGGAGGUGUUGGUAAAGCGAUUAUAAAAAGUUUCAUUGCAAUUGUGACCAAUGGUACCUUGGAGAUCCGCUUGUAUUGGGCCGGGAAGGGAACAACUGCUAUCCCUGUUAGAGGAGUAUACGGUCCUCUUAUAUCAGCUAUUUCUGUCAAUCCUAAUUUUGUACCUCCGGCAGAACCAGGCAGUGGAAGUGGUAUCUCUGCAGGUGCAGUGGUUGGCAUCGUAGUUGCAGUAGUUGUUGUGGUUUUGCUGGUUUUGGGUAUUCUUUGGCGGAAAGGCUGUUUCGGACAUAAAAACACAAUGGAGCAAGAUCUAAUUGGUUUAGACCUCAAAACUAGUUCAUUUACACUAAGGCAAAUUCGUGCUGCCACAAACAACUUUGAUCCAGCCAACAAAAUUGGGGAAGGUGGCUUUGGUCCUGUUUUUAAGGGUGAAUUGGCAGAUGGCACCGUUAUUGCAGUUAAACAGCUAUCCUCAAAGUCAAAGCAAGGAAAUCGCGAAUUCAUCAAUGAGAUCGGCAUGAUUUCUGCUCUACAGCACCCUCAUCUUGUAAAAUUAUACGGAUGUUGCAUUGAAGGAAAUCAAUUGUUGUUAGUCUAUGAGUACCUGGAAAAUAACAGCCUUGCUCGAGCAUUGUUUGGCCCAGAAGAAUGUCAGCUGAAAUUAGACUGGCCAACAAGACAAAAGAUAUGUGUUCACAUAGCAAGGGGUUUGGCAUAUCUGCAUGAAGAAUCAAGAUUGAAGAUUGUGCACCGAGACAUCAAGGCCACGAAUGUGCUGCUAGAUAAGGGUCUAAACGCUAAGAUAUCUGAUUUU